GGCAGCUGGCUGUUACUUGCCUUCGUUAAAUCGCAUCGGCCAUUCGAGUUGACCUUGUUUGGCUGCUGUCUUCGUACAUUCCCUAUAUUCCGCGGCGGGAGAUUCCGAGAGGCACGGCUUCCUAUUCUGUUGCGACGAUUGUCUGAUCCUAGUGAUCAUCGAUUGUGCGGCUAUUUAUCGACUCGGGGUCGGGAUUCCGAACGGGCUGGUUUCGAGAUCACAUUCACUUACAGCCGUAACACUCACCAUGUCUGGAGCACCGGCGCCCGGUGAGGGGCAAGCGGCAGGAUGGACUCCCGCGAUGGAGAACGAGUCUCUCUCCCGCUAUCUACUGAUCGUGUGCGGCGCCGUCUCGGGUGCCCUCGUAAUAUGGCGUCUAACUACUGGUCUUGUCCGGUACAUCCGAACGGUCACGAGCCUCACGAAUAGCACACAGCGGUUUUACGUCCGUCCAUCCACCAAGUCUUCGUGGAUCAAGAGGAACAUCCUUUACUCUCCUCUCUUCAGGAAACGUCACAAUCGCGAAUUUCAGCUGAGCAGCGCCAUCAAUGUCGGCACACUGCCUACUCGAUUCCAGUUCCUCUUCCUGCUGGGUUACCUGGCUACCAACGUCGCGUUCUGCGUCAUCAACAUUCCUUGGGCCGCGACCUACGUCGAUGCCUGCAGGCAGCUGAGAAACCGGAGCGGCACGCUAGCCACCGUCAACAUGAUUCCUCUAUUCAUCAUGGCCGGUCGGAAUAACCCCCUCAUCGGCCUUCUCGGCAUGUCGUUCGACACCUUCAACCUGCUGCAUCGCUGGUUUGGACGCAUCGUGGUGCUGGAGGCGGUAUGCCACACCUUCGCGUACUGGGCCGGAUCGGCAGCUACCAACGGAUGGGCCGCAGCCUUGAAGAAUUCGGUUACGCGUCCAUUCCUGAUGUGGGGUUUCAUUGGCACCUGCGCUUUCGUGGCCAUCUUUUUCCAGGCUGCUAGCAUUGCUAGGCAUGCCUAUUACGAGUUUUUCAAGCUCUUCCAUAUUGCGCUCGCCGCGCUCGCGAUCGCUGGUCUCUGGUACCAUCUCGACCUGGGAGAGAUCGAAGCCAUCAAGUGGUUAAUCCCCGUCAUCCCCAUCUGGGUUGCCGAUAGGUUCCUCCGCAUGGUACGCGUCUUUUACCACAACAUCGGCAGGGGCGGGACGAGAACGCUGGUGGAGGCGCUGCCCGGCAAUGCUGUUCGCCUGACGGUGACGAUGGCACGGCCCUGGACCUUCCGCCCUGGCCAACACGCGUACUUGUAUAUGCCGGCCAUCAGCUUCUGGCAGUCCCACCCCUUCUCCGUGGCGUGGAGCGAGGAAGCCGAGGAUUUUACUGCGGAUAAACUAGCUAUGAACCGCCAGGACGUGCUCGCCAUGCGCAAGACUAGCAUGUCAUUCAUCAUCCGAGCCAGAACCGGAAUGACCAACACGUUGUACCAAAGGGCCGCAGCGUCUCCUGAUGGCCGGCUCCUAACGACGUGUUUCGUCGAAGGGCCGUACGGCGGAGACCACAUGAUGCAUUCGUACGGCACGGUGAUGCUUUUCGCGGGCGGUGUGGGCGUGACUCAUGCAGUCCCCCACGUUCGAGACCUGGUUGCGGGUUUCGCCAACGGGACGGUGGCGACGCGGAAAGUGGUGCUCGUAUGGAUCCUGCAGAGCCCCGAACAUCUCGAGUGGAUUCGGCCGUGGAUGACGGAGAUUCUAGCGAUGGAUAAACGCCGAGACGUACUGCGCAUCAUGCUAUUCGUGAGCAGGCCGCGCUCGACAAAGGAGAUCCACAGCCCCUCGUCUACGGUCCAGAUGUUCCCCGGCAGACCUCAGAUCGAGCAUCUCAUCGCGUCCGAGGCCGAGCACCAGGUUGGGACCAUGGGCGUGACGGUGUGCGGACCCGGCGCGUUGAGCGACGAGGUCCGGCAAGCCGUGCGCCAAAACCAAUACGGCAGCAGCAUCGAUUUCAUCGAGGAGGCCUUCUCGUGGUAGAGGGAGCGUUUGCCGGGCUUAGUUAGCA